UACAAUUUAAUGCUUGUCGAAAAGUUAUGAACUCAUAUUCUUUCUCCUCAUCAGAAAAAGCCGAAGCUUACAGCAACUCGCAGGUUGCUACUGAAACAAAAGCUGCUGAAGAAGGCGGCUACCAUGAUUAUUGCUGAGGCGAAAGAGAAGGUCAAGGAGAGGCAAAGCGCCCUGAGCGAGAGGGUACCGCCACUCAAACUCUCAGGCAUGUCGGUUCAGGAGCUGCAGGAGCUGUGUAAAGAUCUACACCGCAAGUGUGAUGCAGUUGACGAGGCUCGCUAUGACCUAGACAUCAAGGUGGUGAAGAAUGACAAGGAGAUCGCUGAAAUGACAAAGAAAAUCGAGGAGAUGAAGGGAACGGGCAUGAACCGAACCAAACUGAAGAGGGUGAAAAAGACCACAGAGGAGAAGCUGUCCUCAGUAGAGACUAAAUCAUCGAAGUCCGACUUCAAGGCCGCCCUGAAGACAGUGAAGAAGGAGGAGGAGAAGAAAGAGGAGGUGACUGACUGGCGUAAGAAUGUGGAGGCCAUGUCAGGCAUGGACGGCAGGAAGAAGAUGUUCGACGCCUCCGGCGGAAAUUAAACAACAACAACAAAAGAGGUAGCAUUUAGGGAGGAGUGAAGCCCGCGUGAUUCUCCAAAGGCAUCAGGGAUGACGAGUCAACAACACUACUCCACGCAUCGCACAAAAAAACGGCUUUGAACAAGUUACAAAGAAUGCCACACAAACACACGCAAUGGCAAAAAGUCUCCACCAGCACAGGUGCAUAGCCUGACUGUUUGGUACGUUUUUGUUGUUUCUGGGCAUUUUUGUACAAAUCUUUAAGAACAAACAUAUAUGACUGACAUCACUCUUUGGCACGGCGAGAAGUUUAAUUGUAGAUACUGUACUGACAUAUUUUAUAUCCCUAGAGCAGUGAUUCUCAAAGUGUGGUCCGGGGACCACUAGUGGUCCGCGACAGAGCUCAGGUGGUCCUCAAAGGGAUUUCUACUUUUCCAAGAUAAGCAAGCUGAAGGCUAUAUUUGUAACAUUAUUACAAAGCCAAACAUGUCUGAAAUCAUAUUUUUACCACAAUAAGGCUUGUAAAUGUGAAUAAAAAGUAAGUGAUCUGCAUCAAAAACGAACAGUGUCGAAUAGUACCCGCCGUCAACUGUCAAUUCAGUUAAUAGGUGGUCCCUGAACAUUUUUGGGGGGACAAAAUGGUCCCCGGUCUGAAAAAGUUUGAGAAUCACUGCCCUAGAGCGUGGAGGGAAGAGCUCCAUUUAUGGGGACUCACUGACAUGAGUUGAAGACAUUCAAAUGCAUUGAGGAGUAUAUGUAUAAUCCCUUAGAUAAUAGUGUGUGGUAACCUCUAGACCUCCCAUUAGAGGCUGGUGGUUGAGUUGGGAGAGUGUGGCUGAUAUGCUGCAGUGUUAUUUCAUAGAAAGCUGUCACUGAUUUGCAAUUACUGUGAAUUACUGUGCCAUUCCGCAAUUAAAUGUGCUACAAUAAGUCAAA